CUCCACAGUGCAGUACUACUACGUACUACCGGUAUCUAGGGCGUAGCCACCCGUAGAUGAUAUAUCGUACAUGCUCCAGCUUGCACGCAUUGCACAGUGUAAUACUCUCUAUUAUUGUCACCGUACGGUUGUGGGGGGUGAGGGGGCAGCUCCACGGGGUCAGUAGAGGGGGGGUGCCAUAGGGAGGUAUAGGGGGGUAUCAUGCCCAAUGGCAUCGUCGGAACAACAGAAGGCGGCGGAGAACGUUUCAACUUUCUGUGGAAGGUCGCUACGAAAGGGCGUGGAAGGGGCGAGGAGGUGGAGGAUGGUCAUUGUGCUAUUCGACGUCGUCUGUUCGCAUGAGCAUCCCGGAAGCGCCCCGCGGUCCACCGCUCCGUCCCGUGGACCCGCCGCAUCCGUGGUGUCGCCGCCCUUGUCGGGGAUUCAAAGUCGGCCUCGCCCUUCUCGUCCUCGCUGUCGGUGCCAUCUUCUUGUGGCAUGGCCCCCCUUGCCACCGCCACCAUCGCCACCAUCACCAUGGGCAUCACCAUCGCCAUCCUCACCACCAUCAUCACCAUCAUGAUGACGAGUACUCUCCCCACCAUCACCACGAUCACCACGAUCACCAUCAUCACCAUCAUCAUGAGGACGACGAUUUCCGUCCUCACCACCACCACCACCAUGGACAUCACCACGAUCACCAUGGACAUCACCACCAUCGCCAUGGACAUCACCACCACCACCAUGGACAUCACCACGAUCACCAUGGGCAUCACCACCAUCGCCACGAUGAUGAUUUCUGUCCCCACCACCAUGGGCAUCACCACCGCGGCUACAACGGGCACCCUGGCGUGGUGGAGGUCAACGUCGGAGGCACUCGGUUUGCUACGACGAAUGCGACGUUGUUGGGGUGCGGCCACACGUUGUUCCACGAGCUCCUGGCAGGUCGUUCGUCGUCCGCAGGACCAAGAAUCUUUGUUGACUGGAGCCCUCGGGCGUUUGAACAUGUUCUCAAGGGAUUGCGACUCAAGAACUUUGGUUUCAUGGACUCGUUAUCUGCCACCGACCGACAAGAUGUUGAGGAAGCGUUGGUGUUCUUGAAGGUAGACGUGUCGGCGUGCAGACUCUCGAACGACGACGAGGCACCUGGCAAACCCAUGGUCUGCCCGUCGAAACGCGCUGAUCGUGGCGCCGCCACCACCGAACGCUUUGACGAAUUGAGCUCCGUCGGAGAUCCCGAGAUUGACAAUCGAUUCACGACGUCGCCGCCACUGGACGCAUCCACUCGCAAACACCACGCACGUACGCGGUUGGAGAAGGAAGCACGCAAGCGCCGCAACAGGCGUGACAACUAUGACUAGGGCGCAAGCGUAGAUAUCUGCAUUCUAACGACGUAAUGUGUUGAUAAUGAAUGGUUCAUGUGCCUCGACCAUCGGUGUUCCCAUCCUGCUUCUUGGCUUCGUAAUUCAUGGAAGCUCCC